AUGGCCGAAGCCGAUAUCUCGGUUGGCAGUUGCGAUGUGGUUAAUGCAGUCAUCGAGCAAGAUCCGAAACACUUUGGUGAGGCGAUGAAGAGUAAACAUCGCAACCAAUGGCAAAUGGCCAUGACCGGAGAACUGGACGCACUCAAGGCAAAUGACGUCUGGGAGAUCGUUGUGCCACCAGGAAAUGCACAUGUUCUACACAACAUUGGGUCUACAAGACAAAGACCGACGCGAAAGGGGACAUCGAGCGCGUUCAUGGACUUAGGAACGGUAAUGCUGAUCCUGGUGCUUUUGAGACGCUGGAAGGUACCGGCGCGACACGGUGAUGUACCUAAUGCGUACGUCAAGGGUGAAAAGGAGGAGCACCUGGAUAUCUACAUGAAGGUGUCGAAGGGGAUGACAGUAUAG